AUGGAGGUUUUCAACAACAUUUUUGCCAUUAAUCAUCGUUUCUCUUUGUUCUUCUUAGGCCUUUUGUUACUCUUAGCUUCUGCAUUGUCCUCGGCAAAUGCCAAAAUUCACAACCAUGAUUUUGUUAUUCAAGCAACUCCAGUGAAGAGGCUGUGCAAGACCCAGAAUUCCAUCACGGUUAACGGGAUGUACCCAGGACCAACAAUAGAAGUGAAUGAUGGAGACACUCUAGUCGUCAACGUUGUCAACAAAGCCCAAUAUAAUGCCACCAUUCAUUGGCAUGGUGUUAGGCAAAUGAGAACGGGAUGGGCAGAUGGGCCAGAAUUUGUGACCCAGUGCCCAAUUAGACCAGGAGGGAGUUACACCUACAGGUUUACCAUUCAAGGACAAGUGGGUACCCUGUGGUGGCAUGCUCAUAGCUCAUGGCUUAGAGCCACUGUUUAUGGUGCUCUAAUUAUCCGUCCAAAAGAAGGGUAUUCAUACCCAUUCUCUAAGCAGCCGAAGCGCGAAACAGCAAUUCUUCUUGGUGAAUGGUGGAACGCGGAUCCUAUUGCCGUUGUGAGGGAAGCAGCUCGAACGGGGGGCACACCAAAUGUUUCUGAUGCAUAUACCAUCAACGGUCAACCUGGUGAUCUUUACAACUGCUCUAGCCAAGAUACUGUAAUUGUGCCAAUAGACUCCGGCGAGACCAAUCUUCUCCGAGUUAUCAAUGCUGCACUGAAUCAACCCCUUUUCUUCACUGUUGCCAACCACAAGCUUACUGUUGUUGGUGCCGAUGCAUCCUAUGUCAAACCCUUCACCACGUCAGUCCUAAUGCUAGGACCUGGCCAAACCACCGAUGUCUUGAUCUCCGGUGACCAGAAACCUUCACGGUACUACAUGGCAGCACGUGCCUAUCAAAGCGCACAAAAUGCACCAUUCGAUAAUACUACUACUACUGCCAUUCUCGAAUACAAAUCUUCUCCUUGUGCUGCAAAAAAUUGUUCAUCAAACAAACCAAUCAUGCCAACAUUACCGGCCUACAAUGACACAGCCACUGUCACUACUUUCACUGGUAGCUUCAAAAGUGCUGGUAAAACCCUUGUCCCGACUUCCAUUGAUGAGAACUUAUUCUUCACAGUUGGUUUAGGUCUGAAUCCAUGCCCACCAAAUUUUAACAAGUCUAGCCAGUGUCAAGGGCCUAAUGGAACACGCUUCACUGCAAGCAUGAACAAUGUGUCUUUUGUGCUACCAUCCAACUACUCUCUAUUACAAGCUCAUCAACAACGCAUACAAGGAGUUUUCACCACUGAUUUCCCAGCAAAUCCACCACGAAAAUUUGAUUACACUGGUAAUGUGAGCCGGUCCCUUUUUACACCUGUUCCCGCGACGAAGCUGUACAGAUUGAAUUAUGGGUCAAGAGUGCAGCUUGUGUUACAAGACACAAGCAUUGUCACACCAGAAAACCACCCAAUUCAUCUUCAUGGAUACGACUUUUACAUUAUUGCACAAGGGUUUGGAAAUUAUAAUCCCCGAACAGAUCCAUCAAAAUUUAACCUUGUCGAUCCACCUCUCAGAAACACAGUUGCAGUCCCUGCAAAUGGAUGGGCAGUCGUUAGAUUCGUCGCUGACAAUCCAGGUGUAUGGCUAAUGCAUUGCCACUUGGAUGUUCACAUCACCUGGGGUCUUGCCACGGCUUUCGUGGUAGAGAAUGGAGUUGGAGUAUUGCAAUCCAUUGAGUCCCCUCCAGAAGAUCUGCCUCUAUGCUGA